AUGCCUGGAUCCGGUGAGAUCCCGCUCAACCACCACCGUGCCAACAUCCGCGAGCCGAUGCCGUUGACGGGCGUGCCACCUGCUUUCGACCGGACUCCGGGGUUUGAGGCGAUUGAUCGGAUCGCCAGGGACGGCUUCUGGGAGAUCCUAGAGAAAACCGCCGGGAUCCUAAACCAAAACGACAUCUAUGUUACGGAGAUCGAGGAUCGAACGAAGGAGGAGGUGGCCAAGCUGAAGCAGCAGCUUAUCGAGUCCGAAAAGCUGCAUUUGGAGGAGGAGCUGAAAUCGAAAGCGGAGAUCUCCAUGCUCAAAGAACAGAUGCGCAAUCUCGAGAUCAAGUGCGGCCAGACGGAUACGAAGCUCGAGGCCAAAAUGAAGCUACUCGACAUGACAGAGGCCAAAUUGAGUGCCCUCCUGAAGGAGAUCGGUGUUUUGCACACCCAGAUUGACAAAACCGAAGCCAAGAACAAAGAGUACGAGGCCAUGAUCGAAGAACUUGAAAGGGAAGCCUCGGAGUUGCGCUCGCGCUUGGUGGAAUUUACCAAGGGGAAGGAUGAGUCGUCGGUGCCGUUGCUCCACGCGUUGAAGGAGGACUGGCAGGACAAGACGCUGUGCAAGUUCGACGGCUCUGAACACUUG